GACUUGUUUUCAGCCCAGAGUAGUCUGAGCAUUGCUUUCAAAGAGUGAAAAUGUCCAAAAAUCACAAGCUGCUGGUGAAAAAUGCCAAGCAGGUGGUUUUAAUCUGCAGCAACGGGGAGAAGUACCUGACAAAGCAUGGGAUGAACAACCUGAGUGUGAUUGAAAAUGCUAGCCUUGUCAUCGGAAGGGAUGGUCUCAUUAAAGCAGUGGGUCCUGCAGAAACCAUCCGAGCUCGCUUCUCUGAGUCCUCCUUUGAUAAAGUGAUCGAUGCAGCAGGGAUGUGUGUUCUACCUGGACUUGUUGAUGCUCACACUCAUCCUGUCUGGGCUGGAGAUAGAGUUCAUGAAUUUGCCAUGAAGCUGGCUGGGGCCACCUACAUGGAGGUGCACCGUGCCGGAGGAGGGAUCCACUACACGGUGGAGCACACCAGAGCAGCAGCUGCCUUGGACCUCCUGACCUCUCUGAAGAGCAGAUUGCAGAGGAUGCAGCGAGCCGGAACAACCCUGGUGGAGUGUAAGAGCGGAUACGGCCUGGAGCUCCAGACUGAGCUGAAGAUGCUGGAGGUGAUCGAGGAGGCGAGGAGCUCCCUUCCCAUUAACAUCUCCUCCACCUACUGUGGAGCCCAUGCUGUGCCAAGAGGGAAGACGGCGGCAGAAGCUACAGAGGACAUCUUGCAGGUUCAGCUUCCCCGACUGAAGGAGCUGAUGUCUGCUGGGAGACUCCAGGUCAACAACAUCGACGUGUUCUGCGAGCAGGGGGUGUUUGAUCUGGAGUCGAGUCGCGCCAUCCUACAGGCUGGGAAGGAAAUGGGGCUCAACAUCAAUUUCCAUGGAGACGAGCUGCAUCCCAUGAACUCUGCUGAGAUGGGAGCAGAACUCGGGUCCUUGGCCAUUAGUCAUCUUGAGGAGGUUACAGAUGAAGGGAUUGUUGCCAUGGCGAAAGCAAAAACUGCUGCCGUCCUCCUUCCGACCACAGCCUACAUCCUGCGGCUGCCUCAGCCCCGGGCCAGAGACAUGCUGGAUGCAGGAGUGAUUGUUGCCCUCGGCAGCGACUUCAACCCCAACGCUUACUGCUGCUCUAUGCCGGUAGUCAUGCAUCUUGCCUGCGUCAACAUGAGGAUGUCCAUGACGGAGGCUUUGGCCGCAGCCACCAUCAACGCUGCUUUCGCUCUCGGUCGCUCUGACACGCACGGAUCCCUGGAGGUGAACAAACACGGCGACCUGCUGAUCCUGAAUGCAACACGGUGGGAGCACCUGAUUUACCAGCUGGGGGGACACCAGGAAACCAUCCGAUAUGUGAUCAUCAAAGGGAACAUCGUGUACGAUAACGACAAAACACUGGACCUCUAACACUAAAGAAGUAAUAAUAAAGCAGCUGGAGGUCUAAGGAGCCCAAAUGUACAACAAGAAGUAUGCCAGAAGCUUUUUAAUAUUUCCAAAAGUUCUCUGGAUAUUUGGAAGAGAACAUGUAAUUAAACGGGAUCAUUGGACUGUCCUGCAGGGAUCCAGUGGGUCGGGACUUCUUAACCAGCACACUGAUGGGGUUAAAUCUGUCAUAAUCCUGCUCCAACACACCUGAAUUGAAAUAUAGCUUAUUACAUGACCUCUGCAGGACCUUAAUGAUAU